GCGCGCGUCGGGUCUUGAAACUUGCAGCCUCAGUCCCGCCUCCUCACUGCAGCGAUUAGACAGCUCCGUGAAUUGCUCUCCUCCGAUUGGUGGACUCUCCGCUCGGUCAAUUACUUCGGCGGCUUUGGUUUUCUCUCGCGCACCGGUUCCGCCCCGUGCCAAGAUGGCGGCAGAAGCGGCUGGUGUGAAAUACAGGAGCACUGUCAGCAAAAGCAAAGACCCCUCGGGGCUGCUCAUCUCUGUGAUCAGGACUUUGUCUACCAGUGACGAUGUUGAAGACAGAGAAAACGAGAAGGGUCGCCUUGAAGAAGCCUAUGAGAAGUGUGACCGUGACCUGGAUGAAUUGAUUGUGCAGCACUAUACGGAAUUGACGACGGCCAUUCGCACGUACCAGAGCAUUACUGAGCGCAUCACCAACUCCCGAAAUAAAAUCAAGCAGGUCAAGGAGAACCUGCUUUCCUGCAAGAUGCUGUUGCACUGCAAACGGGAUGAGCUUCGGAAAUUGUGGAUUGAAGGCAUUGAGCAUAAGCAUGUCCUGAACCUACUGGAUGAAAUUGAGAAUAUCAAGCAAGUGCCCCAGAAGCUGGAGCAGUGCAUGGCCAACAAGCACUACCUCAGUGCCACCGACAUGCUGGUGUCAGCAGUUGAGUCUUUGGAGGGCCCCCUGCUCCAGGUGGAAGGACUGAGUGACCUUAGGCUCGAACUUCACAGCAAGAAGAUGAACCUCCACUUGGUUCUCAUAGAUGAGCUGCACCGGCACCUAUACAUCAAAUCGACGAGCCGAGUUGUGCAGUGCAACAGGGAGAAAGGGAGAAUGAGCUCCCUUGUGAAAGAUGCAUCUCCGGUUCCUCUGAUUGAUGUUACAAACCUUUCUACGCCUCGGAAAUUCCUUGAUACCACUCAGUAUUCUACUCCUGGAAGCUCAAGUGUGAGGGAGCUAAAUCUGCAGGACAUCAAGGAGGACGUGGAACUGGACCCGGAGGAGAACAGCACCCUUUUCAUGGGCAUUCUCAUCAAGGGGCUGGCCAAACUGAAGAAGAUCCCAGAGACCGUCAAGGCCAUCAAAGAACGCUUGGAGCAGGAGCUGAAACAGAUUGUGAAGAGGUCUACAACCCAGGUGGCAGACAGCAGCUAUCAGCGGGGGGAGAGCCUCACUGCGGAGAACCAGCCAAGGCUACUUCUAGAACUGCUGGAGUUGCUGUUUGACAAGUUUAAUGCUGUAGCCACUGCACACUCGCUGGUCCUGGGAUACCUGCAGGACGCCGUUGUGACACCACUGACUCAGCAGGAGGACGUCAAAUUGUAUGACAUGGCAGAUGUGUGGGUGAAGAUCCAAGAUGUCCUCCAGAUGCUGCUGACGGAGUACUUGGAUAUGAAAAACACUCGUACAGCCUCUGAACCAUCCGCUCAGCUGAGUUAUGCCAGCACUGGACGGGAGUUCGCAGCCUUUUUUGCCAAGAAGAAGCCUCAGAGACCCAAAAAUUCUCUUUUCAAGUUCGAGUCGUCCUCCCACGCCAUCAGCAUGAGUGCUUACCUGCGAGAGCAGAGAAGGGAGCUGUACAGCCGGAGUGGAGAACUUCAAGGGGGUCCUGAUGACAACUUAAUUGAAGGUGGAGGAACCAAAUUUGUCUGCAAACCUGGAGCCAGAAAUAUUACCGUCAUAUUCCAUCCAUUACUAAGAUUUAUUCAGGAGCUCGAGCAUGCCCUGGGACUUGGCCCAGCCAAACAGUGUCCUCUUCGGGAGUUUCUCACUGUAUACAUCAAAAACAUCUUUCUCAAUCAAGUCCUGGCUGAGAUCAACAAGGAGAUUGAAGGCGUCACUAAAACGUCUGACCCCUUGAAGAUCCUAGCUAACGCCGACACCAUGAGGGUUCUGGGCAUGCAGCGGCCUCUGCUGCAGAGCACAAUCAUAGUGGAGAAGACAGUGCAAGACCUCCUGAACCUGAUGCAUGACUUGAGUGCGUACUCGGAUCAGUUCCUCAACAUGGUGUGUGUGAAGCUCCAGGAGUAUAAGGACACCUGCACCGCGGCCUACAGGGGCAUCGUCCAAUCAGAAGAAAAACUUGUCAUCAGUGCAUCUUGGGCAAAAGAUGACGAUAUCAGCAGACUCUUGAAAUCCCUACCCAAUUGGACCAAUAUGGCUCAACCCAAACAGCUGCGGCCAAAGAGAGAAGAUGAAGAAGAUUUCAUAAGGCAGGAUUCGUCUGUACGUCUUGACUAUCUCUCUGGGCCCUUCUCUGGGCUUGGCAAGAGUCUAGGAAUAGAGGCAGCACUGAAAGCCCUAACCGUGGAUAUCGCCGCAGCUAGAGGCUGGCCCCCUACUCUCCAAGGCGAACGCCUCCUGACGUUAGUCAUGUCGUCUCCUGCUCAAGAGAGCCACGUGAACAUGGACCUGCCCCCAGUGUCAGAGCAGAUCAUGCAGACCCUGAGUGAGCUUGCCAAGUCUUUCCAGGAUAUGGCUGACCGCUGCUUGCUGGUCCUGCACCUGGAAGUCAGGGUCCAUUGCUUCCACUAUCUCAUCCCUCUUGCGAAGGAAGGGAACUACGCCAUUGUUGCGAACGUGGAAAGUAUGGAUUACGACCCUCUGGUGGUCAGACUCAACAAAGACAUCAGCGCCAUUGAGGAGGCCAUGAGCGCCAGCCUCCAGCAGCACAAGUUCCAGUACAUAUUUGAAGGCCUGGGACACUUGAUCUCCUGCAUCCUGAUCAAUGGUGCCCAGUACUUCAGGCGCAUCAGUGAGUCUGGCAUCAAGAAGAUGUGUAGGAACAUUUUUGUUCUUCAGCAGAAUUUGACCAACAUCACCAUGUCGCGGGAGGCAGACCUGGACUUCGCACGGCAAUACUACGAGAUGUUAUACAACACGGCUGACGAGCUCCUGAACCUGGUGGUGGACCAGGGCGUGAAGUACACGGAGCUGGAGUAUAUCCACGCCCUGACGCUGCUGCACCGCAGCCAGACGGGUGUGGGGGACCAGACCACCCAGAACAUGAGGCUGCAGCGACUCAAGGAGAUCAUCUGUGAGCAGGCCGCCAUCAAGCAAGCCACCAAGGAUAAGAAAAUAACGACGGUGUAACGGGGUGCAGUGCAUGGGGUCGGGGGUGGGGCAUGGGCAUUUGGGUUUCCUUAGUCAUACUUACUGCUUUCUUUGCUAUGUUAUUUGGUAUGUUCUGAGCUGACUUAGUUUUCUCUAUACUGAUGCUUUAGUGGAGAGAAGGUGUCAGGAUCUUUUUUUCUCUAUAGUUAUGGCUUCUCAUAUAAACUCUAACGGGAGUUUGCAGUAGCGGAUAUUUUUACUUAGAACAACUUUAAUGCAGUGGAUUCCACAGGGACUAGGAUGUGACAGGGAGGGAGGAUGUGUCAAAUCGGACUCUGAAAAAAGCGAAUUUACAAAUUACUCAUGACCAACAGUCUUUGGAAAGUAGACGGCUACCUAAAUUUCUGUCCCUUCCUAAAAUCGCUUAAUAGGGUUCUACUACAUAAAAAGGAGGAUUUUUUUUCUCCCUCGACUUUGUCAGUGUACAAUUCAGUGAAAUAAGUGUAUGUGCUUUGCUGUCUGUCUCUAUUGCCAAGAUCCAAACAAUGGCUUCUCAGCUGGCUGGGGUUUUCAACCAAUUUCUCUAACCAAAACAGGACCUCUCCAGGGCUAGGGAAACAAAGUCCUUUGAUGUCCAUCCCUGGGAGAGUUUUGUAUGCAGAAGCUCAUACACAGGUUGUAAGUUGGUGUAUUGCCUGUUUUGUUUUUAUUUCUGCCGUAUCAAAACCAAGAGCCAUCAAAUUAAUGACAAAAAUGGAAGUGGGAAAAGUGAUUCAAUCAUCUUUUUGAUUUGGCCCCUCUACUUUCCAAGAGAAAAUAAGGGUUAGAGAACGUUUCAUCUCACUUGAAACAUUGUCUGAGUGUGAAUGAUUCUUAGAUGCUCCUUUACUCUCCUUGCAAGCCCCUGGGUCUUUCUCACCUUAGAAGGGAGCCCAGGUCCGCUCAGCUGAACGCAAGGAAGAUGGCGACAGCUCUGACAUGCUCCUCUGCACCCACCAGCUGCGUUUCUGAAGGGCCCUUGGGGGAUGUGAGAGCUCAUUGGGCCUCACCAAUGUCCCCAGGUCCUCAGGUGCUCUCGCAACUCAUGGUUGGUAUGUCACAGAAGAAAGCAACGCGCUGCCUUGAAAACAUGUGGAAAGGAGAGCAAACACUUGGACCACACACGGUCAUCCUCACGCCCUAUUGGUCCAGAAUUUUACACCUGUUUGUAAAACUUAACUGUGUUCUUGGUGGGAAAAACAGAAAAUUAAAAAAAUGUUUGAGAAGCUGCAA